CAGAAAUGUGUUGUUAUGCUAAUGAUGUGUCAUCAACAGAUUUGGGUGGAAGCAGUAGAUAAUGGGCAAAAUAAAGCCAGCAGACAGUUAUUGAUAUUUGUCUAAGAGCUUGUGCAAGUUUAAUACGGAGGAUUUUGUAGAUAACAAAGUGUCGUAAAGUUAAAUUCGGAGACGACAGGACGGGAGAGGGAUGUCCUGCAGCUUGUUUGAGUUUUGUCGGCUCCAAGAGCUCAAAACAGUCCGGGACUUCUUGUUCCAGAACCAGAGUAAAGAGUCGGUUGAAGAGAAGACUCAAACAGCAGAAAACGAGCUUUCCUGGGAUACCUCUGACUGGGAAUCAGGAUGGGAUAACAAUGAAAAUAAGGAGGAAGAGUCUGCUUCUUCCACCAAGACAGAGGAGGAGCCAUCGGGACAGAACCAGCCAUGGCUUCAAGACUGCGUUGUGUCCUUGUCGCCCUGCGCCGACCUGCUGGUUGUGGCUCGAGAACAGAAAGCUGCUUUCCUCUCAGCAAAGUGGCGCACAAGUGACAGUGGCAGAGAGGAGAUGACCUUGGCAGUGACCUGGAGUGGACACCUCUGCACAGAAGAAGGAGAGAAUGUCAGCAGUGUCAUUGCUAUUCCCCUGGCCAGUCAGAAGAGGAGCUCCACAGGAAGGCCUGACUGGACCUGCAUAGUUGUGGGCUUCACAUCUGGUUAUGUCCGCUUCUACACAGAGAGCGGGGUUCUUCUCCUGGCCCAGCUCCUACACGUGGACCCUGUUCUGCGGCUCAAAUGUCGCACCUACGAAAUCCCUCGUCAUCCUGGAGUCACGGAGCAGCACGAGGAGCUCAGCAUCCUUUAUCCUGCCGCUCUGGUCACCAUCGACGGCUUCAGCCUCUUUCAGUCACUGCGGGCCUGCAGGAAUCAGGUGGCGAGAGCUGCAGCAGCAGGAAGUGAUGUUGUCCCACCUCCUCCUUUGGCCUAUAAGAAGUGGGGUCUGCAGGAGAUGGACACCAUUGUGGACCACAGCAGUGUGGGUGUGAUGACACUAUGUGUUUUUGACCAAAUGAAGAAUGCGUCCAUAUUGGGGGGGUUUCAUGCAUCGGUUAAGGGAAGCCCUCCUGCCAUGAGCCAGUUUGUGACUGUAGGGACUGGGCCGUAUGCUGGAUUUUACUACGCAGUGGAGGGAAACUCUCAGCCUCUGCUGUCCCACGUGGCUCUGGCUGUGGCCAGCAAACUCACCUCAGCCCUCUUCAACGCUGCCAGUGGGUGGUUAGGGUGGAACAAGAGCAAGAAUGAAGAGGAAGCAGCUCAGAAACAGAAACCUAAAGUGGAGCCGGCGACCCCUUUAGGGAUCAGAUUUGGUCUGCCAGAUUCCCGGCGCCACGGUGAGUCCAUAUGUCUGUCGCCUUGCAACACGCUUGCUGGAGUCACGGAUGACUUUGGUAGAGUGACGCUGCUGGACCUGGCAAGGGGUGUCGCCAUCCGCAUGUGGAAAGGCUACAGAGACGCCCAGCUGGGGUGGCUGCAAGUUCAGGAGGAGCGUGUUGAUCGGGAAUUCUCGCCCUCUGCCUCCCUCCCUAGACGCCACGCCCUCUUCCUCGUCAUCUAUGCCCCUCGUCGGGGGAUCCUGGAGGUGUGGGCCAUGCAGCGGGGUCCUCGAGUCGGUGCAUUCACUGUAGGCAAACACUGCAGGCUGCUUUAUGCCGGCUACCAUCUGAUGGGGGUAAACAGUGUGACCAGUCAGGGCUGGCAGCUCCACACGCAGCAGGUGUGUCUGCUGGAUCCCACCACCGGAGCUCUGAGGACCAUCAACAUCCCCUUCCAUCUGGCGCUCAGUGAUAAAAAGAAUGAGCGUGCCAGAGACAUGCACCUGCUGAAGAGACUGAGCGCUGUGCUGAAGACUAGAGACAUGGACUCUGAUUCCUUGGAGAGAGAAGCAAAAGGUGUCUUGUUGGAAAUCAAACAUCCUGCCAUUAAGAAGCAGGCUUUGGAGUCUCUGCUGUCAAACAGGAAAGCUCCAGUCUCUUGUCUAACUAACGUUACUCGUGCCUUACAUGAUGCUUUGAAGCAACAAGAUGCAGAUGAGGUGGAAGCAUCACUACUCCAGCUCUGCUCCUCCCAGUUGAAACUGCUUCAGCUCUACUCCGACAUCCAGCAGCUUCAGUCGGCUGAAGACACAGAGGCCUGCUCUGGAAAUGACUCCCUCGAAGGCAUAGAGGAGGAGUUGUCUCGUGUCGGUCCCACCUUGCAGCGCUACGCACACCUCAGCUCCAAACCCUCGGUGUCUUUUGCGCAGGACUCUCCCGACACGCCACUCUCUGCUCAGGCUUUCCUCACUCAGCUGGAGUGUGCCGAGGACGGAGAGGUGAAGGUGAAUCGCAGGUCGGAUGCAGAGUGGAACCAGCUUGGAAAUUUUAUGUUUUGGGGCUGUUUAUGUGGUAAAAGUCCCACCCAUAAAGUGUGUGACACACUACAGCUGGCUGGCAUCAGCCCACAGCAGCUACUGUCUUUGUUAAUGAGUGUGUGGCUGCAAAGGGAGAAGGAAGUGCUUCAGAAGCCAGUGGAAACGGUCAGAAACCUGCACACACUGCUCAUCGCACUUAGCAACAUGGACGGUGCUGUCGAGGAGUCGUGGGAUCCACAGUCUGUCUCCCCCUGGUGGCAGCAAGUCCGAUUCACAUGCAUCCAGUCUCACAACGCUGCUGCCGCUUUACUUGCUGCUUUAGUCGCUCACCGUGCCGCCAAGGCGAGCAUCACAAGCAGGGCUGACAGCAAGCUGCAGUCCGAGUGGGAGGCCGUGUCAUUGGAGCUGGAGCAGUGGGUGGUGUGUGUCCGUCAGCUGGAGGACGUUCUGGUCCUGCAAGCUCUUCUGUUGGUGCCUUCUCCUAAGGCCACAGCAGGGGGAGCUGUAGUUCAGUGCUCCAUCAAAACGCUGCAGGAGGGAGGCACAGGUGGUAUUGCAGACAGUGUUUCCAAGUGGGUGUUCAGGCAGAACAUGGCGCCGGAGCGACUGAAGAAAAUUCUCCAGAGGAAAGAAACUCAAGAUACAGGUGACCAAAAGGAGCAGAAAGAGGAAAGAGAAGAGGCAGAGGACUGCCAGGAGGAGGCAGACAGGACAGCAGAGCUGUUGUUGGCGGUUUGUCAGCGGUUUCCAGAUUCUUUGUCUCCUGACUUGCUCUUCGCCCACUGCUGCUGGGAAUAUGUAGUGCAAUGGAACAAAGACCCAGAGGAGGGCCGAUAUUUACUCUUUGCUGUGGAACAUUUAAAGUUGAUCACCAGUCCUCACAUUCAACUAGGUAUUUCCACAAUGAUGUGGAGUACCUUCAUCGUCAAGCGUUUCUCAGCAGCUGCUUUCCUCAUGGAGAAGGUGGGGAAAGCACCAAAAGAUCGCUUAUGUCGACGGGAUGUUGGGAUCGGAGACAAAGCCAUGACGUCGUUCCUGAGCUGCUGCGUCCAGCUGCUGCAGAUCCUCAUGGAGGUGACUGGAUUACUGGUUAAGAAUCAGAGCUCUUUGUCUUUUAUACCUUUCUAUGCGGACUCAGCCAUGGAGGAGAUUCCAGCUCCAGGGUUUUCCGUGGAGGAGGUGUGGAGCGGAGCCGAGGGCCCCGCUUCCAUAGCUGAGCUGGCGCUGGAGCAGAGAGGCGUUCACUACCCUCUGGUGCAGCACCACUGGCUGUUGGCGUCGCUGCUGCACGCUGCCAUGAGCUUCAGCGUUAAAGUCAAACCGCUCAGUCUGUUUGACAGCAAGGGUAAGAAUGCUUUCUUCAGAGAUCUGACCACCAUCCAGCUGAUGCCCAGUGGAGACAUGGAUCCUUGCUUGGUCUCACUACGACAGGAAUUCCUCCUGCGGGUGCUGACUGGAUGGGUGCAAGCGAUAGACGACCCUUCCUGCACCUCCCCAGCAGCUGCCUCCACAUCGCUGCCCUCUGAGGGACCGAAAGCGGACUGGUGGCCCUCCCUGUGCAUAGACCUGGGAUCCCUGCUGCAGGUCAACCCAGACAUCCUGCGCCGGCACCUCGUCUGCGAGCUUUACAGCCAGGGCCUCGACCUGCGAGCUGAGGAGGCGAUUCUGCAGGUGGAAGAUAAGGAAGUUCUGGGCUCCCAUCUCUUGGUUCUGACCGGUCAGAGGCUCAGCUACUCCCUGCUUCACAAUCAGAACCAGACCCAGGCUGCCAUGGAGCUGCUUGCCCGCCUGCCUCCAACCCUCUGCACCUGGUUGAAGGCAAUGGAUCCCAGCGAGUUGAGAUGCCCCCUGGUCUCUCUGUCUAAGACCACCCGACUGGUCAGCCGUCUGAUUGAAAUGCUGCCAGAGAACCACGCCCAGUACAGCCUGGCCCUGCACCUGCUGGAAGCUGUGGACGUCCUCUCUCUGUCCACGGAGGACUGAUUUCCACUGACAUGGCACUAAAACUCCACAGCUGAACAUUACAAAUCAUCACCAUCAUCCAUGUUUCAUCAUUUAAAUCAUGUUGAUUCCGACUUCAGUCCAGUGUUAAUGGCUUUUAACUUUUUGUUUUAUUAGCUCAUCAGGUUUCUGUGCAUGUAACAUUCAUGAUAUUAAAUAUUUGUGCAUUGUG